AUGUUGCUCAAAUACUUUACACCCGAACCGAGAUUUCCAGAGCCAAAGAAGCUUGCUCCUUCAAAUGGGCAUCCCGAAGAACCUUCUCCGGUCCCCUCUUCAAAUGACGUACAACUAGAACCUAAUUCUUCAUAUAAGGUGUUUAAAAAAGGUGCUUAUUUGGAGACGGAUCUUGGAAAAAGAAGUCAAAUUCUUGAGUAUCAUCCAAAUGAUCAAGAUGAGGCAAGAAGAUCUUACCUUGUGAAUGGGCCAUGUAAAAUUAAAUUAAUUGAAUAUGAAUCCACAAAUAUUGAGGGAAGGGAACGUUCUUUUCAAUAUAGUUGGCAUGAAGAGUAUGACUGGUUGGAAUAUAGUGUAGAAAAAGAUGUUGUUUUUUGUUUGCCUUGUUAUGUGUGUUACAAUGGUACUAGUAAUUCUGCAUUUGUGGUGACUGGUUUUAAAGGUUGGAAUCUAAAGCAUAAGUUGGAUAAACAUGUUGGUGAGAAACCAAAUAGUCAUCAUAAAAAGUGUGUGAAAGCAUGUGAGGAUCUUAUGAAGAAAAAGCAGAGUAUUGAGUUUUCGUAUGCAAAAUAUAGCUCAAAAGAAGAAGUAGAUUAUCUUGUUCGUUUAAAAGCAUCACUUGAGGCUGUUAAAUAUCUUGUUAGAGGCGGAUUGGCAUUUAGGGCACAUAAUGAGGGUGAAAAUUCUAUUUAUAAGAGUCAUUUCCUAGAAUUUGUAGAAGCCUUAGGAAGAAAUAGUGAGAAAAUAGCUGCAGCAAUAACAAGUGGUGGGGGAAAUUGUAAGAUGACUUCUCCUAUUAUUCAAAAAGAACUUGCAAAUGCAUGUGCGGUUGAAACUAUUAAGAAGAUAGUUGGAGAAAUUGGAGAUGGAUUCUUUUGUGUUCUUGUUGAUGAAUCUGGUGAUUGCUCUGGUAAAGAACAAAUGGAUGUUGUAGUGCGGUUUGUUGAUGUUAGAGGGUUUGUUGUAGAAAGAUUUAUCGGCAUUGUUCAUGUUGAAGAUACAAGUGCGAUAUCGCUUAAAGGGGAUCUUGAAUGUUUGUUGUCGGGGUUUGGGUUGUGUAUAUCUAAAAUUCGAGGUCAAGGGUAUGAUGGAGCAAGUAAUAUGCGUGGUCAAUUUGGAGGUUUGAAGACUUUGAUUCAAAAGCAAAAUCCGCAAGCCUAUUAUGUUCAUUGUUUUGAUCAUCAACUUCAAUUGGCUCUUGUUUCAAUGGCGAGAAAGCAUGAAGAUGUUGAUUGGUUUUUUUGUGAAGUGUCUCGUAUUUUCACUUUCUUACGAUCAUCUAACAAAAGACAAGCUCUACUUCGGAAUAAACAAGUUGCUCAUUUUGCAAAUCUAAUUGAAAAAGAAUUGGUGGAAACUGGUAUUGGUUUAAAUCAAGAGUUGUCCAUUGCAAGAGCGGGUGAUACACGUUGGGGAUCUCACUUUCGAACUCUUAAUAGGUUGGUUGAUUUGUUUACUCAUAUUAUUGAAGUGUUCGAAGAUUUGAAAAAUGAUAGUCAUUAUAAGGGUGAACCAAAAAGUUUGUUACUUGUUAUGCAAACUUUUAGUUUUGUGUUUAUGUUGCACUUAAUGGUUGAGAUUUUAUCUUUGACAAAUAAUUUGUCACAAUCAUUACAAAAGGGGGAUCAAGAUAUUGUGCAUGCCAUGGAACUUGUCCAAAUAUGCAAGAAAAAGUUGCAAGAAUUUAGAGAUGAUGGAUGGGAAACACUUUAUGAGCAAGUUGUGGCUUCUUGUGGAAAUGUUGAAAUUGAUGUGCCUGACAUGGAGUCCCGGUAUGUAAAAGAUAAGAAAUCCAAACGACUUGCUCCUUUUGUUACAAAUUUUCAUUAUUUCAAGCAUGAUUGCUUCUUACAUGUCAUAGAUGUGGUAUUGAAAGAGUUGAAUGAUCGGUUUACACCUGAAAAUAUUGAGUUGAUCAAUUGUGUUGCUUGCUUGAGUCCUUGUUAUUCAUUUGAAUCAUUUGAUAUUAAAUCACUUGUGAGAUUGGCCAGAUUGUACCCAAAUGACUUUGAGGAUCUUACUGAUAAGGAAUUGUCUAGUGAAUUGGAGACUUAUAUUGAGAGUGUCAAGAUGGACGAUCACUUUUCCAAUUUGACUGGCAUCUCGGAACUUUGUAGGACUCUUGUUCGAACAAAGAAGCAUAAGACAUUUAGGUUUGUGUACACACUUGUCAAACUAGUUUUGUCCUUACCUGUGGCCACUACAAGUGUUGAGCGAGUAUUCUCGGGGAUGAAAUAUGUUAAGAAUGAGUUGAGAAGUAGAAUGGCUAAUCCAUGGCUAAAUGAUUGCUUAGUGACAUUUGUGGAGAAAGAGGUGUUUAAUACAAUCGAUGAUAUGGAUAUCAUCAAACGUUUCCAAGGAAUGAACAAGAGAAGAAUGCAUUUACGAUUAGACUAG